AUGCAGUCCAUCCGCCAGUACCGUCGCCUGCGGCAGGACCUAGCUGAAGCUCGGCGAGGAAAGCUACCUUCUGAGUCGCUCGCGAAGACUUCCACCAGUAGCGAUAACGAGGCCGCAAAGGAUCCGACAGAGAAGCCAGCAGCAAUAGACCCAGCCCUCGUCCGUGGUGUGACCGUCUCGCGCCCACAGGAGGGCGAUGGGAGCACCGUCUACGUGGUGGGCUGGAGGGACAACGACCCCAGUAAUCCCCAGGUCUGGAGCUUGCCCAGGAAAUGGAUGGCUAUGAUAAACUGUUGCUGUCUGGGCAUCGCGUUGACAAUUCCCACAUCUGUCGAAGGUCCUGCGCAAGAGGCCUUCCAGGACCACUUUGGUGUCAGUCCGAUGGCAGGAUCGAUGAGCACAGGCAUCUUCCUGAUCGGUGUUGGCGUGGGCUCACUAUUCUCCGGCCCUUUGUCUGAAACCUUCGGCCGCAAUAUCGUCUACUUUGUCUCGAUGGUUGUGGUCAUGCUGUUCAUUAUGGCCAAAGCUCUGGCUCCCAGCUAUGGCGUCGCUCUCGCUUUCCGAUUCUUCGGCGCCCUUUUCGCCGCGACCCCAAUGACCGUGGCUGGCGGGACCAUAGGCGACAUCUGGACGCCCAUGCAGAUACCCUUCGGCCUGCCCUUGGUCACCAUCUGUGCAUACACCGGCCCAAUCCUGGGUCAUGUGAUCGGCGCAUACACACCUGAGAUCGGCUUCGAGUCGGCCGACUGGAUAUCCAUGAUCAUCAUCGGCGCCGUCCUGGUAUUCGUCCUGAUUGCCCAACCGGAAACAUGUAGUCCGCUGCUGCUGGAAUGGCGCGCGAGACACCUGCGCGAGCUAACCGGCGACGACCGCUACCAGGCCGAGCACACAUCGGCCAGCUCGCUAGACUUCCGGCUGCUGGCUAACGUGUAUAGACCGUUUUUCAUGGUCUGGACCGAGCCUAUAAUCCUGGUCUUUAGCUUUUGCCUCGUCCUCAUCUACUUUGUGCUAUUCACUUUCUUGAACGGUUACCCUUAUAUCUUCACUAGGCCGUAUGGCAUAUCGGCCAGCUCAACCUUCAUCAUCUGGGUUGCAAUGAUGCCUGAAGUUGCCGUGGCGAUCAUUAUGGUCCCUUACAUCUACAGCCUCACCAAGAAGGCCGCCGCGAGCGUAAUGACCGCAGGCAAACCCCUGCAGCCCGAGGUAUCCCUCUACUGGGCCAUGGCGGGAGCUUCUAUUUUAAUGCCAGUGUCGCUAUUCUGGAUGGCCUGGACGUGCUACAGCGACAUCAGCAUCUGGUCCCCAAUCAUAGCCUCCACGAUAUUCGGUUACGCCCUCGUCUGUAUCUUCACAACAAUCUACAUGUACAUCAUCUUCGUAUACCUGCAGCACUUAGCGUCCGCGCUCGGAUUCAUGACCUUUGCUCGCUACGUCAUCUCCGGUGCGCUCAGUCCGGCUUCUAUCAAGAUGUACGAGAACAUAGGCGCUCAUUGGUCGUUGACCAUUGUGGGCAUUAUUGCUACGGUGAUGGCACCCGUGCCCUAUGUGCUUUACAACUAUGGCCAUAAGGUCCGUGCAAUGAACAAGAAUAUUCAGAAUAGGGCUUAG